UUUUUUUUUAAAAAAAAAAAUUCUCAUUUGCAAAAGUAGAAUAAGUUACGGAAGAAGAAAAAAUUGCUUAGCAAAUUAGCCACGAAAUUUAAUAAAUGGUUUGAUAGUUCCAACUUAUAAACUGCGUGACGUUUAGGACGAGUUGAUGAAACUGGUACUGUAAUUUAGAAUUUCGUGAAACAAGCCUAAAUCGGCCCAUCUGCAGAUAGAAAUUUAUACAAUAUAUAUAUCUAAUAAUUAUGCAAACAAUAAAGUGUGUAGUCGUUGGUGAUGGUGCUGUUGGCAAGACGUGUCUUUUAAUCUCAUAUACAACCAACAAAUUUCCGUCCGAAUAUGUCCCUACAGUUUUUGAUAAUUAUGCGGUAACGGUUAUGAUUGGCGAUGAGCCUUAUACAUUGGGUUUGUUUGACACAGCUGGUCAGGAAGAUUACGAUCGUCUUCGUCCCUUAUCUUAUCCUCAGACGGAUGUUUUCCUUGUUUGUUUUUCUGUAACUUCACCAGCUUCCUUUGAAAACGUUAAAGAAAAAUGGUUCCCGGAAGUUCAUCAUCAUUGUCCUGGAGUUCCAUGUUUGAUUGUAGGUACGCAAAUAGAUUUGCGAGAUGAUCCUUCUGUAGUUGAGAAAUUAUCGAGACAAAAGAUGAGACCGGUAACAGCAGAGCAAGGAGAUAGACUUUCUAGAGAAAUUGGAGCGGUUAAAUAUGUUGAGUGCUCAGCUUUGACGCAAAAGGGUUUAAAGAAUGUUUUUGAUGAAGCAAUUGUCGCAGCUUUGGAACCACCAGUCACUAAGAAACCUCGCAAAUGUUUAGUGCUGUAGACUUAGAUGAAUAAUUAAUUUUAUUUUUGUUAUGUAAUUGACCUAUUUUAUUAUCAUCCCUUAUAACUUUUAUUGAUUUAUAUUUUUUAUUUUAUAAUCAAAUUGUUCGUUUUAUUAAAUAAAUAUAUUCCCACCCAAUUCACAUUACUUCCACAUAUCAAAUACAUAUGUAGUUCUUUUUGUUUUCAUUUUUAUUAUU